AUGGAUUUGAAUAACUCUGAGUAGCUAAAUUAACUCAAUCCAAGCGACAUAUAAUGGGAUUUUAGUUAAUAAUACUUAAAUUUUGAUGUAUUAAUUCAUGAAUAGCCACAGUUAAAUAAGAGCGCUGAAAAUGAAAAACACUACAUUAUUGUAAAUCUAAGUGACACAAUACAAAAAAGCGCUCACAACUUCUGUCCAAAAGAAUAACAAAACCACCCUCCAUUUUCUUUUGAUCAAAUGAGCACUAUUCGUGAAGCUGCGGUCUAUCAUGCUAUUGAGAAUAUUGAGGAUUUAGGCUUUAACAAUUUAGAAGUGUCUGAACAUUGCAUUUAUCUUCUUUCUUAGUUAAUACCUUACACAGCACCUAAUUUCAAAGAAUAUUCAAACUAUAUAAUAGCGUUUGCUAUUAAUUAAGCGUGUUUUCCUGAAGCUAAUAUGAAAAAUCCCUCAGAUUUAGCUAGAUUUAUAAAGUAUAAUCCAAACCACUCCUCUGAAGAAAGUAGCUAUUUUCAGUGCUAUAGCAUUUACAUGAUGAAAGUUCCUCAUUUUCCUUCUUUAGAAUUAGACCCAGUCGAUGCUAAAAAAUAAUUUGAGUGUUUUGAUAUGAUUCACUCAUAUUUGUAAGGUCUUUUGCUUUUAAAUCAAUAUGAAUUAACGGAAAGACUUAAAUAAGAAAACACAUCAUUUUCUCAUAUGCUAAAAAUCAUAUAGACAGUAGAUGAACUCACUGAUAAUGAUUUCACAGCCAUUUAUAACUGUAUCAAAAUUUAUUGGUUGCAUGAAGAAUUAUUCGAUAAUUAUUCAAGUGAAAUAAUUGCUCAUGUAAUCUUAAAGUUAUUACAAUAUUCCUCAGAAGUUGAAUUUAAUUUUUCUAAAUUCGGAAAUUUGGAGUUGCUCUCUAAUAUAUACUCUUAAGAAUGGAUAGAAAAUUUCAAAAAUUGCUUUGUAAAUUUUAUAAAGAUUAUCAAAACCUAGAUUCCUUAGGAGAUUCAAAGCUAAUGUUGCCUUUCUUCUUAGGAUGCCCUAUUUGACUUUGAGUAGAUAGACUAAUAUACAAGCAGCUUCUAUGACAUGGAAAUAGAACAAAAUGAUGACUAAUCAAUAAAAUAAAAAUAAAUUAUUGAGCAAGAAAAUUUCUCAAAUAUAAAAUUGAAUAUGAAUUAAAAUCAAAUUUAGAUUUCAAACAAUCUUUCAAUUAAAAACACUCCCUAAAAUUAUAAUGAAGAGUUUAACUAAUAACUUUUCUCCAGUUAUAAUUAAAUUAUCAAAACACCAGAAAAAAAAACCAGCAAUUUAAAAUUGAAUGAUGAUAUAUCCUCCUUAUCCACUGAUCCUUAAAAUAGGUAGCUGAAAUUUCUGAACAGCUACACAGAAGAGACUAAUAAAUCUUCAUCUUCAACAAAUAAUCUUUCUAUGAGUGUUGAAGAUGCAAAAAAUUUAUUAACUUAAGAAUUAACUUGCAAAAUAUCUCCCACCCCUUUCAAUUAACCAGAAAUUUCAACAUUUUAACAUUAUUCUGAAAUCAAAAACUGA